AUGACAUCCCAGGUGAAGCAGAAUUACCAUCCUGAAUGUGAAGCGGCUGUGAACCAGCUAGUGAACUUGGAGCUCUCCGCUAGUUAUGUCUACCUUUCGAUGGCCUCUCACUUUGACCGUGAUGACGUCGCCUUGAGCCACGUGGCCAAGUUCUUCAGGGAGCAGUCCCAAGAAGAGAGGGAGCAUGCAGAGAAGUUCCUGAGGUACCAGAACAAGCGAGGGGGUCGCAUUGUACUCAAGGACAUCAAGAAGCCCGACCAGGACGACUGGGGUACCAGCUUGGAAGCCUUGCAGAAAUCUUUGCAGUUGGAGAAGACUGUGAACCAAGCUCUGCUGGACCUGCACAAGCUGGCAACCGAGAAGGGCGACCCCCAUCUCUGUGACUUCCUGGAGUCCAAAUACCUGGACGAGCAAGUGAAGGUCAUCAAGAGGGUAGGGGACCACAUCACCAAUCUGAAACGCCUGGAGGUGCCCCAGAGCGGCAUGGGAGAGUACCUGUUUGACAAGCUCACCUUGGGUGAAAGGAGCUGA